CGGAAGUAUGAGGAAUGUGCACAGGCUCUUGCAGAUAUGGAGAAGAGAGCUCUGAUGGCUGAGAGCAUGGUGGAUGCUUAUACUGCCGCCAUGGCUAACACAACGUCUUCCUCUUAUAAAGAGCAAGUGCAACGGCGGCAAACCCGUACAAUUGCUUUUCCAGGAGAGGUUACAGCUGACGAGCACCAUAACAGGAGCAAUGAGAUUUCGAAGCCAGAUAGCCAAUCAGGCCGGGUAGGUUCGACUUCUGGACGGAUUACACAAGGAGAUCGGUCACAUCUGGUCGAUGUGAUUUUCAAAGUCUCUGAGGCUAACAUGCAAAUGGUUGGGGGGUCCUCCUCCGGUGGGGACGGGAGAGGCCCGGAUUUGCCAGGCAUCUCGUCCUCUGAUGGACAGGGGAGAAGCAGCGAGCAGUCUGUGACUCCCAAGCAUCACCAGAGGAAGAAAUGGUCUUGGCGAGCUCCUGAUGGUAGCGGGUGAACCCCCGAGUGUCGGGUUUUUCGACUAAUUGAAUUGUAAAUUCUGCACUUACUGAUUUUGUCGUAGCAUGUGGGUUCGAUUAAAUUACUGUAGCAACAGUGUAAGUCCAUUUUUAACUGAUUUUUCUUAUUUUCAGUGGAUUAUAUUCUAUAUACUUGGUGCUGAGUCUGCUGACAUUUGUGUAUGGUGCUAGAGCAACUGGUCAAGUUCUUUGUUAUGUUGCCAUGAGAUUACUUUUUUUUUUUUGAGCACUCAUUAUCAAUAUUCGUGAGGAUAAAUUGGGGCGUCUUUA